AUGAGGGAUUGCAUCAGCGUGGAUCCGUUGCAGCUCGCGAAGCGCGCUGCAAGCGGCGGCUGCCCCUUGUUGAGCCUCAACGAGUUCAUUCCCGUCCCCGGGCCACGGUACCUUCCAGAGCAGGACAAAGUGCUUGCAUUCGCCACGCCGUCGUACGUGCCCCUGUCGUACUCGCUGCCUACGGUAGAGGUUGAGGUGCCGGCGGAUUCCAUAUUCAAGUACAAGGUUUUUGCCAAAGCUUUCCUGGAAGGCCUGGUGGUGCGGCUGCCGCAGGAGCAGCUUCUCGCCAAGCCGUCGCUGCUGCUCCACGCGCCGACGAACCCCAGAGUGUCUGCCUUGGUCAGCCCCUUGUGGCAGUUCCGGGUCGGGUCACGAAGCCAGCUGCAUGAACGUUGGAGGACCGACCGGCGCUUCCUGCUGGAAGGCUAUCUCAAGUGGAUACCCUCCAGCUGUCAUGACGAUGUGCGCAUCUCCUGGCCGCCCAGCGCUCCAAAGGACGGAAGCCAGCGCGGUGAAAAUCUUGCCGAGCCGGGCGGGGGAAGCGAGCUGAGUGCUGAGAGUGUUUGGGAAAAACGCCGCGUGCCGUGGCUCAUGUCCCAUGAGCCCCGCCUUUGCUCGGCGAUCAGUUCGCAUCAGCGGGCCAGCAGAUGGCGCCACGGCCUGCAGCUCUACGAGGCCGAAGUCGACCCAGACGACACCAGCUACAAUGCCGCCAUCAGCUCCUGUGAGACCCGCUGCGAGCGCACCGCUCGGGACGACACGUCACGCCCAAUGGUGAUCUCCAAGCUGCACCACUCGGCCAAAGGAACCUUUACGUUGCAGGUCUUCCGCCAGGCCGGCUUCAAUGAUGCGCACCUGUUUCAGCUCUUCGACCGCUUUGGGCGCAUUUGGUCCUCCCGGGUGUGCCCGUCUAGACGCUGGGGUGGUUCUGGCUAUGCCUUUGUCAAGUAUGGCGACCCCGCACAUGCGGCAAAUGCAGUGAGGGCGCUGAAUGGGUAUGAUGUGGGAGGGGCGUGCAUCGCCGUGAAAUUUGCGGACAACGACCGGCAGCCGCAAAAUGAGGAGGGGAAGGGGAAGGGGAAGCUGAACCCGUGGACCAUUCCAGCCGACAACAGCGAGGUUUUCGUCAGCGGCUUGCGCGCCGACACCGACGAGGAUUCGGUGCGGACAAUCUUCAAAGACAUGGGCAAGGUCACCAUGGUCAAGGUAUGCUGCGAGGGCAAGCCUGAUGGCCAAGGCUAUGCCCUGGCGCGCUUCAGAUAUCCAGAGGAGGCCCAGCACGCCAUCCGCAUGACGGAUGGGUCGAUUCACCGAGGGGUGCAGAUUCGCACCCUGCUGUCUUCCAGCAAAGGGGUGGGGGAAGCGAAGCCCAUCUCUGAGCGGCCCACCAUGCCCUCAGAGAGCCUCUUCGUCAUGGGCCUCCCGCCCGGAAGCACCAUAGAGACCAUCACGGCCUUCUUUGGGCAGUUUGCCGGUGUUGCCUUUGUCAAGGUGCUGGAUACCAACGGCAAGAAGGGCGACACCGUGGCCUUGGUGCGCAUGAACAGCCUCGAUGAGGCGGCAUGGUGUGUUGACAGGCUGAACGGGCAUGAAACUCAUCCCAAUUUGCAGCUCGUGGUCCGCUAUUCGGACCCCCCCAGGGCCAAGGGCACAGGCAAGGGCAUGGAGGAGGUAUCCCAGGGCUUGGGAGUGCGACGCGGCUUCAGUGACUCGCCGUACGGCGAGCCGAAGGCUGGGAUUCCUGUGGCACAGCGCCCCGUGCGAAGCUUUACAGACCCUGGCUACGAAGCACAGGGCUAUGGCGAAUACGGGUUUGGACAGCCUGCAAGCCCGCCGAGUGGCUGGGGCCCUGCCCCGCAAUCGCCGCCGCCCUUCGCGACGGGAUUCCGACCACAGAUGGGGAAGCCAAGUGCCCCGAGUGCCCCGAGUGCGCCGAGUGGUGGCUGCCAGCUGUGA